GCCGGAGUUACAAGAGCCGCCUCCGCGCGCGGGGGCCCGGCCACUCGGAGCAGCUCUGCCGCGGGGACUGCACCGCCCGCCCUGCCGGACCCGCCCCGACCCGGGCUCGCCGCCGCCAGCAGCAGCCGUAGCACUGCGACCUCGCGCCCCGCGCCGGCUAUGGCUGUGCCCUGGGGCUGAGCGCGCAGGCUGUGACGGAGACUCCCGGACGAGCGUGGCUGAGGAAGAGAGGAGGGGCGGGCUCCCGGCAAGGCCUUCGCUCCUGAGCCAAGUCCUGCAAAGAUGGAGAAGGAGGAGGAGACAACCCGGGAGCUGCUGCUGCCCAACUGGCAGGGCAGUGGCUCCCACGGGCUGACCAUCACUCAGCGGGAUGAUGGCGUCUUCGUGCAAGAAGUGUUGCAGAACUCCCCUGCGGCCCGCACUGGGGUGGUCAAGGAGGGGGACCAGAUUGUGGGUGCCACCAUCUACUUUGACAACCUGCAGUCGGGUGAGGUGACCCAGCUGCUGAAUACCAUGGGCCAUCACACUGUUGGCCUGAAGCUGCACCGCAAAGGGGACCGCUCCCCCGAGCCCGGCCAGAUCUGGACCCAGGAAGUCUUCAGCUCCCGCAGCUCCGAGGUGGUUCUGAGCGGGGAUGACGAGGAGUACCGGCGCAUCUACACCACCAAGAUCAAACCUCGCCUCAAGUCGGAGGACGGAGUGGAAGGGGAUCUGGGGGAGACCCAGAGCCGCACCAUCACGGUGACCAGGAGGGUCACGGCCUACACCGUGGAUGUGACCAGUCGCGAGGGAGCCAAGGACCUUGACAUCAGCAGCCCUGAGUUCAUGAUCAAGGUUCCGAGGCACGAACUGACUGAAAUCUCCAAUGUGGACGUGGAGACCCAGCCAGGGAAGACAGUGAUCAGAUUGCCCUCGGGCUCAGGGACUGUCUCUCAAAUCACAGGCUCUGCCGUGGACAUCCGGCCAGGGACCGUUCACACUUCGGGACCAGAGCUCCAAGGCGCUGGCCACUCGAAGCUCCAGGUCACUGUGCCAGGGAUAAAGGUGGGGAGCCCGGGCGUGAGCGUCAGCACUCAGGGCUUUGACCUGGGGGGCAGAGGAGAGGUCCAAGUUCCUAGUGUGGAUGUUUCGACUUCUCUUGUGGGUGGGGCAGGAGAGGUGCAGGGCCCAGCUCUUGAGGGUGGUGUUGGUGGAAAAAUCAAAAUUCCCACCAUGAAGGUACCAAAAUUUGGAGUCUCGACAGAACUCAAGGGCCAGGCACCAGAGGCAGGGCUGAAUAUUUCUGCUCCUGAGUUCUCCAUGGGGCACAAGGGUGGCAGGCCCAGCUUACCCACUGGUGGGAGCAUCCAGGCCCCUCAGCUGGAAGUCAGUGCCAAUGUUGAGGGAUUUGAGGGGAAGCUGGAGGGCUACCAGGUCACUGGGCCAUCACUUGAGGGUGGUGGAAGUCUAAAAGGUGCCAAGUCCCAGGGGAGCAUACGGGUGGAGGCCUCUGUUCCACAAGUUGAAGGCUGUCUCACCGCCCCCGAUGUACAAGUUCAGGCCCCUGACCUUGAUGUUCGUGGGCCUGGGGGCAAACUGAAUAUGCCCAAGAUGAAACUUCCUAAGUUUUCUGUGUCAGGCUCAAAGGGAGAGGAGGCUCUCCUUGAUGUGACACUAGCCUCGGGUGGAGUGACUCUCCCUGGGGUCUCUGGAGAAGUCAGUCCACCCGAGGUUGCUGUUGGUGGGCUAGAAGGAAAAAUGAAGGGUGGUGCCAAAGUCAAGACCCCUGAAAUGAUUAUUCAGAAACCAAAAAUUUCCAUGCAGGAUGUGGACCUGAGCCUUGGGUCUCCUAAGCUGAAAGGGGAUGUGAGCAGUUCUGCCCCAGGAGUGCAGGUGCAAGGUGAUGUGAGAAGCCCUCAGGUGGCUGUGAAAGGCUCCAAAGUGGACAUAGAGAUGCCGAACCUAGAAGGGGGCUUGACAGGCCCCAAGUUUGGCAGUCCUUCUGGGAAAACAGGAAGCUGUAGGAUCUCUAUGGCAGAUGUAGACUUAAAUGUGGCUGCACCUAAAGGGAAAGGGGGUGUGGAUGUCACUCUCCCCAAGGUAGAAGGGAAUGUCAGAGGUCCUGAUGUUGAUGUCAGUAUCCCGGAUGUGGAAGGUCACGGCCCAGAAUGGAACCUGAAGAUGCCCAAAAUGAAAUUGCCUAAGUUCAGCACUCCAGGACUCAAAGGGGAGGGUCCAAACGUAAGUGUGACUCUGCCCAAAGGAGAUGUCAGUGUUUCAGGGCCCAAGGUCAGUGUGGAAGCCCCGGAUGUCAGUAUGCAGGGAGUGGGGGGCCACCUUAAAGGUCCUGAUAUUCAGCUGCCUGAAGUGAGUGUCAAAUCACCAGAGAUCUCUGUGCCUGAUGUAGAUGUACGGGCUAAAGGUGGGAAGCUAAAGGGAGAGUAUGAUGUAGCAGUGCCAAAACUUGAAGGGGAACUGAAAGGCCCCAAAGUGGGCAUUGAUGCUCCAGAUGUGGCUGCUCAUGGCCCAGACUGGCACCUGAAGAUGCCCAAGAUGAAAAUGCCCAAGUUCAGCGUGCCAGGCUUCAAAGGCGAGGGCCCUGAAGUGGACGUGAACCUGCCCAAGGCUGAUGUGAACAUUGCCAGGGCUGAGGCGGAUGUUCAUGUUCCAGAUGUGAGCCUUGAAGGACCAGAAGGAAAAUUGAAGGGUCCCAAGUUUAAGAUGCCAGAGAUGAAUGUCAAAGCUCCUAAGAUCUCCAUGCCUGAUGUGGACUUACAUCUGAAAGGACCUCAUGUGAAGGGAGAAUAUGAUGUCAGCAAGAUGGAAAGUGAGAUCAAAGUUCCUGAUGUUGAACUUAAAAGUGCCAGAGUGGACAUUGAUGCUCCAGAUGUGGAUGUUCAUGGCCCAGACUGGCACCUGAAGAUGCCCAAGAUGAAAAUGCCCAAGUUCAGCAUGCCUGGCUUCAAAGGUGAGGGCCCUGAAGUGGAUGUGAACCUGCCCAAGGCUGACAUUGAUGUGUCAGCACCCAAGGUGGACAUUGAAGGCCCUGAUGUGAGCCUUGAAGGGCCUGAAGGAAAGUUGAAGGGUCCCAAGUUCAAGAUGCCAGAGAUGAACAUCAAGGCUCCCAAGAUCUCCAUGCCUGAUGUGGAUGUGCACAUGAAAGGUCCUAAGGUAAAAGGAGAAUACGAUGUUACAGUGCCAAAGAUGGAGGGUGACCUCAAAGCUCCUGAAGUCGAUGUCAGUGUUCCUGAUGUUGAAGUUCAUGGUCCUGAUUGGAACCUGAAGAUGCCAAAAAUUAAAAUGCCCAAAUUCAGUAUGCCUAGCCUCAAAGGUGAGGGCCCAGAAUUGGAUGUGAAAUUCCCCAAAGCCGAUUUGGACAUUUCAGCACCAAAGGUAGAUCUUACUGCUCCAGAUGUGAGCCUUGAAGGACCAGAAGGGAAAUUGAAGAGCCCCAAGUUUAAGAUGCCAGAGAUGCAUUUCAAAGCUCCCAAGAUGUCACUACCAGAUGUUGACAUGGAUCUUCAAGGGCCCAGAAUAAAAGGGAAUCUCGAUGUGUCUGCACCAAAACGAGAGAGUGAGAUAAAAGUUCCAGAUGUGGAUGUCAAAGGACCUAAAGUAGACAUUAACACCCCAAAUAUGGAAGGUGAGGGCCCAGACUGGCACCUGAAGAUGCCCAAGAUGAAAAUGCCCAAGUUCAGCAUGCCUGGCUUCAAAGGUGAGGGCCCUGAAGUGGACGUGAACCUGCCCAAGGCUGACAUUGAUGUGUCAGCACCCAAGGUGGACAUUGAAGGCCCUGAUGUGAGCCUUGAAGGGCCUGAAGGAAAGUUGAAGGGUCCCAAGUUCAAGAUGCCAGAGAUGAACAUCAAGGCUCCCAAGAUCUCCAUGCCAGAUGUGGAAUUCAAAGGCCCCAGUGUCAAAGGGGAUAUGGAUGUGUCUGUUCCCAAAAUAGAAGGUGAAAUUAAAGUCCCAGAUGUAGACAUCAAAGGCCCCAAAGUGGACAUUGAUGCUCCAGAUGUGGAUGCUCGUGGCCCAGACUGGCACCUGAAGAUGCCCAAGAUGAAAAUGCCCAAGUUCAGCAUGCCUGGCUUCAAAGGUGAGGGCCCUGAAGUGGACGUGAACCUGCCCAAGGCUGACGUUGAGGUGUCAGCACCCAAGGUGGACAUUGAAGGCCCUGAUGUGAGCCUUGAGGGCCCAGAAGGGAAACUGAAAGGCCCCAAGUUCAAGAUGCCAGAGAUGAACAUCAAAGCUCCCAAGAUGUCCAUGCCUGAUGCUGAUCUCAAUCUGAAGGGACCCAAGCUAAAGGGUGAUGUGGAUGUAUCUUUGCCUCAGGUAGAAGGUGAGAUGAAAGUGCCAGAUAUAGAAAUCAAAGGCCCCAAAGUUGACAUAGGCACCCCAGAUGUGGAUGCUCGUGGCCCAGACUGGCACCUGAAGAUGCCCAAGAUGAAAAUGCCCAAGUUCAGCAUGCCUGGCUUCAAAGGUGAGGCACCUGAAGUGGAUGUAAAAUUGCCCAAGGCUGACAUUGAGGUGUCAGCACCCAAGGUGGAUGUUGAGGUUCCUGGUGUGAAUGUUGAAGGUUCAGAUGUGAAAAUUAAGGGUCCCAAAUUUAAGAUGCCAGAAAUGAAUAUAAAGCCUCAGAAGAUUUCCAUGCCAGAUGUUGGCUUGAGUUUCAAAGGGCCCAAAGUGAAAGGAGACCAUGAUAUAACAAUUCCAAAAGUAAAAGGAGAGAUCAAUGCUCCCGAUGUUGACAUCAAAGGCCCCAAAGUGGACAUUAAUGCACCAGAGGUUCAUGGCCCAGACUGGCACCUGAAGAUGCCCAAAGUGAAGAUGCCCAAGUUCAGCAUGCCUGGCUUCAAAGGUGAGGGCCCUGAAGUGGAUGUGAACCUGCCCAAGGCUGACAUUGGUGUUUCAGCACCCAAGGUGGAUGUGGACAUUGAAGCUCCAGAAGGGAAACUGAAGGGUCCCAAGUUCAAGAUGCCAAGUAUGAAUAUACAGACACAUAAAAUCUCUAUGCCCGAUGUUGGACUUAAUCUAAAAGGCCCUAAGGUGAAAACUGAGGUAGAUGCUUCCCUCCCCAAGGUAGAGGCAGAUUUGAAAGGUCCAGAAAUUGACGUUAAAGCCCCUAAAAUGGAAGUGGAUGUUGGUGAUAUUGAUAUUGAGGCACCAGGAGGAAAGUUGAAAGGCCCCAAGUUUAAAAUGCCAGACAUGCACUUCAAGACUCCCAAGGUCUCCAUGCCUGAUGUGGACUUACACAUGAAGGGACCAAAAGUGAAAGGGGAUGUGGAUGUGUCUGUGCCAAAACUGGAAGGUGAAAUGAAAGUCCCGGAUGUAGACAUUAAAGGCCCCAAAGUGGACAUUGAUUCUCCAGAUGUUGCUGCUCAUGGCCCAGACUGGCACCUGAAGAUGCCCAAGAUGAAAAUGCCCAAGUUCAGCAUGCCUGGCUUCAAAGGUGAGGGCCCUGAAGUGGACGUGAACCUGCCCAAGGCUGACAUUGAUGUGUCAGCACCCAAGGUGGACAUUGAAGGCCCUGAUGUGAGCCUUGAAGGGCCUGAAGGAAAGUUGAAGGGUCCCAAGUUCAAGAUGCCAGACAUGCACUUCAAGGCUCCCAAGAUCUCCAUGCCUGAUGUGGACUUACACAUGAAGGGACCAAAAGUAAAAGGGGAUGUGGAUGUGUCUGUGCCAAAACUGGAAGGUGAAAUGAAAGUCCCGGAUGUGGACAUUGAAGGCCCUGAUGUGAGCCUUGAAGGGCCUGAAGGAAAGUUGAAGGGUCCCAAGUUCAAGAUGCCAGACAUGCACUUCAAGGCUCCCAAGAUCUCCAUGCCAGAUGUGGACUUACACAUGAAAGGCCCCAGUGUCAAAGGGAAUAUGGAUGUGUCACUGCCCAAAGUGGAAGGUGAGCUUAAAGCUCCUGAAGUAGACAUCAAAGGCCCAAAACUGGACAUUGAUGCUCCAGAUGUGGAUGCUCAUGGCCCAGACUGGCACCUGAAGAUGCCCAAAGUGAAGAUGCCCAAGUUCAGCAUGCCUGGCUUCAAAGGUGAGGGCCCUGAAGUGGAUGUGAACCUGCCUAAGGCUGACAUUGAUGUGUCAGUACCCAAGGUGGACAUUGAAGGCCCUGAUGUGAGCCUUGAAGGGCCUGAAGGAAAGUUGAAGGGUCCCAAGUUCAAGAUGCCAAAGUUUAAUAUCAAAACUCCUAAGUUAUCCAUGCCUGAUGUGGACUUGAAUUUGAAAGGACCUAAACUGAAAGGAGAGAUAGAUGCUUCUGUACCUGAUCUGGAAGGAGAUCUGACAGGUCCUCAGGUUGAUAUUAAAGGUCCCAAUGUGGAUGUCUCCAUGCCUGAUGUUGAUCUGGAAUGUCCUGAUGCAAAGUUGAAGGGUCCCAAGUUCAAGAUGCCAGACAUGCACUUCAAGGCUCCCAAGGUCUCUAUGCCUGAUGUGGACUUGCACUUGAAAGGCCCCAGUGUCAAAGGUGAUAUGGAUGUGUCUGUGCCAAAACUAGAAGGUGAUUUGAAAGGUCCCAAUGUGGAUGUCUCCAUGCCUGAUGUUGAUCUGGAAUGUCCUGAUGUAAAACUGAAAGGCCCCAAGUUCAAGAUGCCAGACAUGCACUUCAAGACUCCUAAGAUCUCUAUGCCUGAUGUGGACUUGCACUUGAAGGGCCCGAAAGUGAAGGGUGAUGUAGAUGUGUCUGUGCCAAAACUGGAAGGUGAUUUGAAAGGUCCCAAUGUGGAUGUCUCCAUGCCUGAUGUUGAUCUGGAAUGUCCUGAUGCAAAAGUGAAAGGUCCCAAGUUCAAGAUGCCAGACAUGCACUUCAAGACUCCUAAGAUCUCUAUGCCUGAUGUGGACUUGCACUUGAAGGGCCCAAAAGUGAAAGGAAAUGUGGAUGUGUCUUUGCCAAAACUAGAAGGUGAUUUGAAAGGUCCCAAUGUGGAUGUCUCCAUGCCUGAUGUUGAUCUGGAAUGUCCUGAUGCAAAAGUGAAAGGUCCCAAGUUUAAGAUGCCAGACAUGCACUUCAAGACUCCUAAGAUAUCCAUGCCUGAUGUGGACUUGCACUUGAAGGGCCCGAAAGUGAAGGGUGAUGUAGAUGUGUCUGUGCCAAAACUGGAAGGUGAAAUGAAAGUGCCAGAUGUAGACAUCAAAGGCCCCAAAGUGGACAUUGAUGCUCCAGAUGUGGAUGUUCGUGGCCCAGACUGGCACCUGAAGAUGCCCAAGAUGAAGAUGCCCAAGUUCAGCAUGCCUGGCUUCAAAGGUGAGGGCCCUGAAGUGGAUGUGAACCUGCCCAAGGCUGACAUUGAUGUGUCAGUACCCAAGGUGGACAUUGAAGGCCCUGAUGUGAGCCUUGAAGGGCCUGAAGGAAAGUUGAAGGGUCCCAAGUUCAAGAUGCCAGAGAUGAACAUCAAAGCUCCCAAGAUCUCCAUGCCUGACAUUGAUUUCAACCUUAAGGGACCUAAAAUCAAAGGAGAUGCUGAUAUUUCUGUCCCAAGGUUGCAGGGAGAAUUAAAAGGUCCUGAAGUGGAUGUCACGGGCCCUAAAUUGGAUGUUGAUGUGCCAGAAAUAUCUGUGGAAGGCCCAGAAGGCAAGUGGAAAAGUCCCAAGUUCAAGAUGCCAGAUAUGCACUUUAAAGCUCCCAAAAUCUCCAUGCCUGACAUUGAUCUACACUUAAAGAGUCCCAAGGUAAAAGGAGAGGUGGAUGUAGAUGUUCCGAAGUUAGAAGGAGACCUCAAAGGUCCACAAGUGGACAUCAGUGGACCAGACAUUGACAUUGAAGGACCAGAGGGAAAAUUGAAAGGUCCGAAAUUCAAGAUGCCAGAAAUGAACAUCAAAGCUCCGAAGAUUUCCAUGCCUGAUGUUGAUCUGAGUUUGAAGGGACCAAAGGUGAAGGGUGAUGUGGAUGUGUCUCUGCCCAAAGCAGAAGGAGAAAUGAAUGUACCAGAUGUUGAUAUCAAAGGUCCCAAAGUUGAAGUUAAAGUUCCAGAUGUUCAUGGCCCAGACUGGCACCUGAAGAUGCCCAAAGUGAAGAUGCCCAAGUUCAGCAUGCCUGGCUUCAAAGGUGAGGGCCCUGAAGUGGAUGUGAACCUGCCCAAGGCUGACAUUGAGGUGUCAGCACCCAAGGUGGACAUUGAGGGCCCUGAUGUGAGCCUUGAAGGGCCUGAAGGAAAGUUGAAGGGUCCCAAGUUAAAGAUGCCAGAGAUGAACAUCAAAGCCCCCAAGAUCUCCAUGCCUGACAUUGAUCUUAACCUGAAGGGGCCAAAAGUGAAGGGUGAUGUGGAUGUGUCACUGCCCAAAGUGGAAGGUGAGCUUAAAGCACCUGAAGUAGACAUCAAAGGCCCAAAACUGGACAUUGAUGCUCCAGAUGUGGAUGUUCAUGGCCCAGACUGGCACCUGAAGAUGCCCAAAGUGAAGAUGCCCAAGUUCAGCAUGCCUGGCUUCAAAGGUGAGGGCCCUGAAGUGGAUGUGAACCUGCCUAAGGCUGACAUUGAGGUGUCAGCACCCAAGGUGGACAUUGAAGGCCCUGAUGUGAGCGUUGAAGGGCCUGAAGGAAAGUUGAAGGGUCCCAAGUUCAAGAUGCCAGAGAUGAACAUCAAAGCUCCCAAGAUCUCCAUGCCUGACAUUGAUCUUAACCUGAAGGGGCCAAAAGUGAAGGGUGAUGUGGAUGUGUCACUGCCCAAAGUGGAAGGUGAGCUUAAAGCACCUGAAGUAGACAUCAAAGGCCCAAAACUGGACAUUGCUGCUCCAGAUGUGGAUGUUCAUGGCCCAGACUGGCACCUGAAGAUGCCCAAAGUGAAGAUGCCCAAGUUCAGCAUGCCUGGCUUCAAAGGUGAGGGCCCUGAAGUGGAUGUGAACCUGCCCAAGGCUGACAUUGAGGUGUCAGCACCCAAGGUGGACAUUGAGGGCCCUGAUGUGAGCCUUGAAGGGCCUGAAGGAAAGUUGAAGGGUCCCAAGUUCAAGAUGCCAGAGAUGAACAUCAAAGCCCCCAAGAUCUCCAUGCCAGACAUUGAUCUUAACCUGAAGGGGCCAAAAGUGAAGGGUGAUGUGGAUGUGUCACUGCCCAAAGUGGAAGGUGAGCUUAAAGCUCCUGAAGUAGACAUUAAAGGCCCUAAAGUGGACAUUGAUGCUCCAGAUGUGGAUGUUCAUGGCCCAGACUGGCACCUGAAGAUGCCCAAAGUGAAGAUGCCCAAGUUCAGCAUGCCUGGCUUCAAAGGUGAGGGCCCUGAAGUGGAUGUGAACCUGCCCAAGGCUGACAUUGAUGUGUCAGCACCCAAGGUGGACAUUGAAGGCCCUGAUGUGAGCCUUGAAGGGCCUGAAGGAAAGUUGAAGGGUCCCAAGUUCAAGAUGCCAGAGAUGAACAUCAAGGCUCCCAAGAUCUCCAUGCCUGACAUUGAUCUUAACCUGAAGGGCCCUAAAGUGAAAGGGGACUUUGAUGUUUCAGUUGCAAAUGUAGGAGGUGAUUUGAGAGGACCUAAUAUUGACAUUAAAGCCCCCAAAUUAGAUUUGGAUGCUCCAGAUAUUGAUAUUCAUGGUGCAGAGGGCAAAUUAAAAGGUCCCAAAAUGAAGAUGCCUGAAAUGCAUGUCAACAUGCCCAAAAUUUCCAUGCCGGAAAUUGACUUGAAUUUGAAAGGGUCGAAAGUGAAGGCAGAUGUUGAUACUUCCGGUGCAAAAUUGGAAGGUGAUAUCAAGGCUCCCAAGUUCGAUGCAAAGAUUCCAGAAGUGGACAUUUCUGGCCCCAAGGUGAAUAUUGAAAGCAAGACGAAGAAAUCACGGUUUAAGCUUCCCAAAUUCAAUUUCUCAGGUUCCAAAGUUCAGACACCUGAGGUGGAUGUCAAAGUUAAAAAGCCAGAAAUUGACGUUACAGGUCCAAAAGUUGAUAUUAAUGCUCCUGAUGUUGAGGUGCAAGGAAAAGUGAAAGGAUCCAAGUUUAAAAUGCCUUUCUUGAGUAUUUCAUCUCCGAAGGUUUCUAUGCCUGAUGUGGAGCUAAAUUUGAAAGGUCCAAAAGUCAAAGGAGAUUUCGAUGCUACAGGUACAAAUUUAGAAGGUGAUUUUAAAGGUCCCACAGUGGACAUUAAAGCACCAGAAGCCCAUCUUAAUGCACCCGAUGUAGAUGUGCAUGGUCCAGAUUGCAAUGUGAAAAUGCCAAAGAUGAAAAUGCCUAAGUUCAGUGUGCCUGCUUUAAAAGCAGAAGGACCAGAAGUAGCUGUGGAUCUACCCAAAGCAGACAUCAAGAUGGAGAGUCCUAGUGUGAACAUUGAGGGCCCAGAUGUCAAGGUGGAAGGUCCAAAAGGUGACUUAAAAGGUCCCAAGUUCAAGAUGCCAGAGAUGAACAUCAAAGCUCCCAAGAUCUCCAUGCCUGACAUUGAUCUUAACCUGAAGGGGCCGAAAGUGAAGGGUGAUGUGGAUGUGUCACUGCCCAAAGUGGAAGGUGAACUCAAAGCACCUGAAGUAGACAUCAAAGGCCCAAAACUGGACAUUGAUGCUCCAGAUGUGGAUGUUCAUGGCCCAGACUGGCACCUGAAGAUGCCCAAAGUGAAGAUGCCCAAGUUCAGCAUGCCUGGCUUCAAAGGUGAGGGCCCUGAAGUGGAUGUGAACCUGCCCAAGGCUGACAUUGAUGUGUCAGCACCCAAGGUGGACAUUGAAGGCCCUGAUGUGAGCGUUGAAGGGCCUGAAGGAAAGUUGAAGGGUCCCAAGUUCAAGAUGCCAGAGAUGAACAUCAAAGCUCCCAAGAUCUCCAUGCCUGACAUUGAUCUUAACCUGAAGGGGCCAAAAGUGAAGGGUGAUGUGGAUGUGUCACUGCCCAAAGUGGAAGGUGAACUUAAAGCACCUGAAGUAGACAUCAAAGGCCCAAAACUGGACAUUGACACUCCUGAUAUUGAUUUUGAAGGUCCAGAGGGCAAAUUGAAAGGUCCAAAGUUUAAAAUGCCUGACCUCCAUCUCAAGGCUCCCAAGAUCUCCAUGCCUGACAUUGAUCUUAACCUGAAGGGGCCAAAAGUGAAGGGUGAUGUGGAUGUGUCACUGCCCAAAGUGGAAGGUGAGCUUAAAGCUCCUGAAGUAGACAUCAAAGGUCCCAAAGUGGACAUUGCUGCUCCAGAUGUGGAUGUUCAUGGCCCAGACUGGCACCUGAAGAUGCCCAAAGUGAAGAUGCCCAAGUUCAGCAUGCCUGGCUUCAAAGGUGAGGGCCCUGAAGUGGAUGUGAACCUGCCCAAGGCUGACAUUGAGGUGUCAGCACCCAAGGUGGACAUUGAGGGCCCUGAUGUGAGCCUUGAAGGGCCUGAAGGAAAGUUGAAGGGUCCCAAGUUCAAGAUGCCUGACCUCCAUCUUAAGGCUCCCAAGAUCUCCAUGCCUGAUGUUGACUUGAAUCUGAAGGGGCCAAAAGUGAAGGGUGAUGUGGAUGUGUCACUGCCCAAAGUGGAAGGUGAGCUUAAAGCACCUGAAGUAGACAUCAAAGGCCCAAAACUGGACAUUGAUGCUCCAGAUGUGGAUGUUCAUGGCCCAGACUGGCACCUGAAGAUGCCCAAAGUGAAGAUGCCCAAGUUCAGCAUGCCUGGCUUCAAAGGUGAGGGCCCUGAAGUGGAUGUGAACCUGCCCAAGGCUGACAUUGAUGUGUCAGCACCCAAGGUGGACAUUGAAGGCCCUGAUGUGAGCCUUGAAGGGCCAGAAGGAAAGUUGAAGGGUCCCAAGCUCAAGAUGCCUGACCUCCAUCUCAAGGCUCCCAAGAUCUCCAUGCCUGACAUUGACCUUAACCUGAAGGGGCCAAAAGUGAAGGGUGAUGUGGAUGUGUCACUGCCCAAAGUGGAAGGUGAGCUUAAAGCUCCUGAAAUAGACAUCAAAGGCCCCAAAGUGGACAUUGCUGCUCCAGAUGUGGAUGUUCAUGGCCCAGACUGGCACCUGAAGAUGCCCAAAGUGAAGAUGCCCAAGUUCAGCAUGCCUGGCUUCAAAGGUGAGGGCCCUGAAGUGGAUGUGAACCUGCCUAAGGCUGACAUUGAUGUGUCAGUACCCAAGGUGGACAUUGAAGGCCCUGAUGUGAGCCUUGAAGGGCCUGAAGGAAAGUUGAAGGGUCCCAAGUUUAAGAUGCCAGAGAUGAACAUCAAGGCUCCCAAGAUCUCCAUGCCAGAUGUUGACUUGAGUUUGAAAGUCCCUAAAGUGAAGGGUGAUGUGGAUGUGUCACUGCCCAGAGUGGAAGGUGAACUCAAGGGCCCUGGAGUUGAUAUCAAAGGUCCUAAUGUGGAUUUUGAUACUCCUGAUAUCAAUGUUGAGGUUCCAGAAGGAAAACUGAAGGGUCCCAAAUUUAAGAUACCAGAAAUGCACAUCAAAACCCCCAAAAUCUCCAUGCCUGACUUUGACUUAAAUCUCAAGGGUCCAAAGGUAAAGGGAGAUGUGGAUCUUUCACUGCCUAAGGUAGAAGGUGAUUUGAAAGGGCCCGACGUGGACAUUAAUGUUCCUGAAGGGAAACUCAAAGGUCCUAAAUUUAAGAUGCCUGAUGUCCAUUUUAAAACCCCACAAAUUUCCAUGGGUGACAUUGAUUUGAACUUGAAAGGACCUAAGGUGAAGGGAGAUUUUGAUCUUUCCACUCCUAAACUGGUAGGAGAUAUUCAAGGCCCCAAUGUGGAUGUCAAAAGUCCUAAGCUGGACAUUGACACUCCUGACAUCGACAUUCAUGGUCCAGAAGGGAAAUUGAAGGGUCCCAAGUUCAAAAUGCCUGACCUCCAUCUCAAGGCUCCCAAGAUAUCCAUGCCUGAUGUUGACUUGAAUUUGAAGGGGCCGAAAGUGAAGGGUGAUGUGGAUGUGUCACUGCCCAAAGUGGAAGGUGAGCUUAAAGCUCCUGAAGUAGACAUCAAAGGCCCCAAAGUGGACAUUGAUGCUCCAGAUGUGGAUGUUCAUGGCCCAGACUGGCACCUGAAGAUGCCCAAAGUGAAGAUGCCCAAGUUCAGCAUGCCUGGCUUCAAAGGUGAGGGCCCUGAAGUGGAUGUGAACCUGCCCAAGGCUGACAUUGAGGUGUCAGCACCCAAGGUGGACAUUGAAGGCCCUGAUGUGAGCCUUGAAGGGCCUGAAGGAAAGUUGAAGGGUCCCAAGUUCAAGAUGCCAGAGAUGAACAUCAAAGCUCCCAAGAUCUCCAUGCCUGAUGUUGACUUGAAUCUGAAGGGACCAAAAGUGAAGGGUGAUGUGGAUGUGUCACUGCCCAAAGUGGAAGGUGAGCUUAAAGCACCUGAAGUAGACAUCAAAGGCCCCAAACUGGACAUUGAUGCUCCAGAUGUGGAUGUUCAUGGCCCAGACUGGCACCUGAAGAUGCCCAAAGUGAAGAUGCCCAAGUUCAGCAUGCCUGGCUUCAAAGGUGAGGGCCCUGAAGUGGAUGUGAACCUGCCCAAGGCUGACAUUGAUGUGUCAGCACCCAAGGUGGACAUUGAAGGCCCUGAUGUGAGCCUUGAAGGGCCUGAAGGAAAGUUGAAGGGUCCCAAGUUCAAGAUGCCAGAGAUGAACAUCAAGGCUCCCAAGAUCUCCAUGCCUGACAUUGAUCUUAACCUGAAGGGGCCAAAAGUGAAGGGUGAUGUGGAUGUGUCACUGCCCAAAGUGGAAGGUGAGCUUAAAGCUCCUGAAGUAGACAUUAAAGGCCCCAAUGUGGACAUUGCUGCUCCAGAUGUGGAUGUUCAUGGCCCAGACUGGCACCUGAAGAUGCCCAAAGUGAAGAUGCCCAAGUUCAGCAUGCCUGGCUUCAAAGGUGAGGGCCCUGAAGUGGACGUGAACCUGCCCAAGGCUGACAUUGAUGUGUCAGCACCCAAGGUGGACAUUGAAGGCCCUGAUGUGAGCCUUGAAGGGCCUGAAGGAAAGUUGAAGGGUCCUAAAUUCAAGAUGCCUGACCUGCAUCUCAAGGCUCCUAAGAUAUCCAUGCCUGAUGUUGACCUUGACUUAAAAGGUCCCAAAGCCAGAGGAGAUUUUGAUUUGUCUGUUCCUAAGGCUGAUGUUGCUUUCAAGAGCCCUGAUGUGGAUCUGAAAGGAGUACGUCUGGAUCUCGAAGGCCCUGAUGCCAGAAUCAGUGGCCCAGAUUUGAAGAUGCCAUCCCUGGACAUAUCUGCACCUAAAGUGUCUGCUCCUGAUGUGGAUCUGCAUCUGAAGGCACCUAAAAUUGGGGUUUCUGGCCCCAAGUUGGAAGGUGGUGAACUGGACCUCAAAGCCCCCAAUGUUGAUGUAGAACCUCCAAGCCUGGAUGUACACAUGGAGAGCCCAGAUUUUAACAUUGAGGGUCCGGAUGUGAAAAUUCCCAAGUUCAAGAAGCCCAAGUUUGGGUUUGGAGGAAAAAGUCCCAAAGCUGACAUCAAGGGGCCUUCCCUAGAGGUGACUGUUCCUGAAGGAGAGCUGAAUGUUGAGUCUCCUGAAAUCAGUGUUGGUGGCAAGGGCAAGAAAAGUAAGUUUAAAAUGCCUAAAAUUCACAUGAGUGGUCCUAAAAUGAAGGCUAAAAAACAGGGCUUUGAUUUGAAUGUUCCUGGGGGUGAAAUGGACGCCAGUCUGAAGGCUCCCGAUGUUGAUAUCAGUGUCACAGGGCCAGAUGCGGCACUCAAAGCUGAUGUGAAAUCUCCGAAGACCAAGAAGCCUAUGUUUGGAAAAAUGUACUUUCCAGAUGUGGAGUUUGAUAUUAAAGCAUCCAGGUUUAAAGCUGAGGUCCCUGUUGCCAGUCCCAAAAUAGAGGGUGAACUCCAAGCACCUGACCUGGAUAUUAAUUCACCAGAAGUUAAUGUGGAAGGACCUGACAUCAAGAUGAAGGCUCCCAAGUUCAACGUGCCUAGUGUGGAUAUCUCAGGGCCAAAGCUGGUGGGUGACUUGAAAGGCCCUAGCAUGCAGGCCAGCUUGGAUGCACCUGACAUCAGCAUGAAGGGCCCAGAAGCUAAAAUCAAAGCACCAUCUUUUGGCAUUUCUGCUCCUCAGGUCUCCAUGCCUGAUGUGGACAUUAACUUGAAAGGACCAAAGAUCAAGGGUGAUGUUCCUAGUGUGGGACUAGAAGGACCAGAUGUAGAUCUGCAAGGUCCAGAAGCAAAGAUCAAAUUCCCCAAGUUUUCGAUGCCCAAGAUCGGCGUGCCCGGUGUGAAAAUGGAGGGUGAUGGCGCUCAGGUCCACGCCCAGCUGCCCUCUCUUGAAGGAGGCUUGAGCGCACCAGAUGUUAAACUUGAAGCACCUGAUCUGUCUCUCAAGGGGCCAGAGGUACACUUGCCUUCAGUGAACCUCUCCAUGCCCAAAGUCUCUGGGCCUGACAUUGACCUGAACUUGAAAGGACCAAGUCUGAAGGGAGACCCGGAUGCUUCUGUUCCCAGCGUCAAGGUGCAUGCCCCAGGGCUUGACCUCAAAGGUGUUGGAGGAAAGGUGAAGAUGGGAGGAGACGGAGUGAAAAUGCCUGGGAUUGAUGCCACAACAGCAUUUAAUGUUGGGGCACCAGAUGUGACACUGAAGGGACCAAGCCUGCAGGGAGAUCUGGCUGUCUCUGGUGACAUCAAGUGCCCUAAAGUGUCCUUAGGUGCUGCUGAUCUAAGUUUGGAGGCAUCGGAAGGUGGCAUGAAGCUUCCCCAAAUGAAGUUGCCCCAGUUUGGAAUCUCCACUCCGGGGUCGCACUUGGACGUUAAUAUCAAGGGCCCACAAGCUUCCGGAGAGUUAAAGGGGUCAGGCAUGGAUGUGAACCUGAGAGGGCCUCAGAUCUCAGCACCGGAUGUGGACUUGAGCUUGGGAGGACCAAAAGUGAAAGGGAGCCUUGGGGGCACCGGUGAGAUCAGAGGCCCCUCCUUGGACCUUCAGAUGCCUGGAAUGAAAUCGCCCAGCUGCGAGGUGGACCUGCCAGGUGUGAACCUGAAACUGCCAACUGGGCAGCUUUCUGGCCCCGAAGUGAAAGGGGAUCUGAAAGGUGCAGCUGUGGGUCUCCACGGAGCUGCCCCAGAUGUCAGCGUGAAGGGCCCGAAAAUCAAAGGGGGUGUAGAUGUCUCAGGGGCUGUCAGUACCCCAGAUGUCAGCCUGGGAGAAGGCCAUCUGAGUGUCAAGGGUCCUGGAGGGGAGUUGAAGGGACCCCACAUCUCCUCCGCUCUUGCGGGGGGCCUUCACUUGUCAGGACCGCAGGUGGCAGGAGGAGUGAAAGGAGGUCAGGUAGGACUCCAGGGUCCUGAGAUGAGUGUGUCUGGGCCUCAAGGUCACAUGGAUGGUGCAUCUGGAAAAGUCACAUUCCCCAAGAUGAAGAUCCCCAAAUUUGCCUUCUCUGGCCGUGAGCUGGUCGGCAGAGAGGUCGGGGUAGACAUCAACUUCCCUAAAGUGGAGGCCAACGUUCAGGCCGGGGCAGGAGAAGGUGAGUGGGAAGAAGCCGAAGUCAAGCUGAAGAAGUCCAAAAUCAAAAUGCCCAAGUUCAAUUUUUCCAAACCUAAAGGAAAAGGUGGUGUCACUGGCUCACCAGAAGCAUCCAUUUCCGGGUCCAAAGGUGACCUGAAGAGCUCCAAGGCAAGCCUGGGCUCUCUGGAGGGAGAGGCAGAGGCCGAGUCACCCAAAGGCAAAUUCUCCCUGUUUAAAAGCAAAAAGCCACGGCACCGAUCAAAUUCCUUCAGCGACGAAAGGGAGUUCUCUGCACCGUCCACUCCCACAGGGACUCUGGAAUUUGAAGCCGGGGAAGUGUCACUGGAAGGUGGGAAGGCCAAAGGGAAACAUGCCAAGCUCAAGUUUGGUACCUUUGGUGGAUUGGGGUCAAAGAGCAAAGGUCAUUAUGAGGUGACUGGAAGUGAUGAUGAGGCAGGCAAGUUGCAGGGCAGUGGCGUGUCCUUGGCCUCCAAGAAAUCCCGGCUCUCCUCUUCUUCUAGCAAUGACAGUGGGACUAAGGUUGGCAUCCAACUUCCCGAGGUGGAGGUGUCAGUUUCCACAAAGAAAGAGUAGCAGGCCUCUGUGUGUGUGUACAUAUCUCUCCCUAUACAAUGACACCUGCCUUGGUGUGUUUGUAUAUAAACUCCAAGGAGAAGCAUACUGCAGCCUCAGCAAUAAUGCAACGAGUUUGCCUCUCGUGGCAGCCAGUGCCGCACAAAGCAUCGCCUGCAGGCUCCUGUCGCUAUGCAGAUGGGUGGAACCCCACAUUCGUGCAGCCCAUGUGCAAAGUCAACAGUAUUUGCCUUCAGAUUUCAGUUUUUUUUUUUUUUUUGCAUUGAAUGCUGAGAGCUCCUGUUUCCUAAGCAAGCUGUUUUGUGUGUGUGUGUGUGUGUGUGCGUGUGUGUUAUUAUUCUCAUUUUUACUGAUGUUGUUAGUCUUGGGGUAAUGACUUUUGGCGCUUUUGUUAGGGAGGGAGGGUGGGCUAGAAGGCUGCAGAGGGGUUUCGGUCUGUGUCUCAAGACUGGAUCUACUCAAACAGCAAGCACCCCCAGGUGGUCCCAAGGAGGCAGCACCCAGCAGGCCGUGUGUCUGUGUGUGUUGUCUGACCUCUGACUUGGCUUCCCCUUCUCUCCCUGGGUAGUGGUUCCAGCCAGUUUGGUGAUCAUGGUGAGAGGUAAUUAGAAACUGUUCACAAAUUGUCCAACCCAUUAGGUCAACAUGAGGAGCUUCCAUUCUGUGUUUUGUAAGAAAUGUUUUAUUCAUGACUACCAUGUUCCAGCUCUUUCUUUUAACAAAUAUUCUCAUGAUUAAGACAUUUUCUGGCACUUUAAUGGAAAAUUAAUUGAGAAUACAAGAGAACUGAUGCUGUCCAAGGCAAAUAAAGCUGUUUAUUAAUCUUGA